AGGGUUGGCUGGCCGCCAAGGAGGCGGAGCUAGAGCGCGUGCAAGGUGUGUACUUGCUUGCAUUUUCUUUAUUUCUUUGGUUCUGGGGAGCCGACCAUGGCGCGUUGGCUUUGUGCAGCCUCCACUCUUGAGUUCGGACGCCCUUUGGCGUCGACUAGCCAUAGCCAGCCAGCAGAGCAACCACCUGUCCGUGGAGUGUAGUCGGCUGUGCAAGGAGGCGGACCGCCGGCUGGAGGAGAGGAGGGAGCUGGAAGCGGCCCACCAGGGGCAGCUGGACCGGGGGGUCGAGGUUCAUCGCCAUGAGCUAGUGGACAAGCACGCGGUGCUGGAGAAGACCCUCGAGGAGGUGUUCCUCGGGAGGUAGGACUACGACAAGCGAGCCUGCGCCUGGUCGCUGAAGGAGGCGCACCAGAUUGACCAGCUCAUCGCUCGGGUGUUCCUCGAGACGUAGGGGGAGGCGAAUGCGUCUGUGGAGGCCCAUCGGGAGGAGCAGCGUGCGGAGGGUAUCCACAUUGUACCGCUUGUCGGUUGGAUGGUGGAGGAGGUCGGCAUCGUUGCGGAGGCUCACUUCAAAACGGUUUUGUGCUUCAUGCACCAGCUCCAGACCACUGGCUUGGGCUUGGUCCGCACCCUCUGGCCGGACACUGUGCAGCCCCACUGUGUGAGAAGGCUGGCACGGUGGCUCGAGGCUGGGUCGGCGCACGUCAAUGCAUGGAGAGCCUCCGCCGAUCUAGACUGUGCGGAGAUGGUGAUCAACUUUGUGAAGUCCUGGCACCCAGACUUGGAUAUGGGGAUGUUGACCUCCCGGCGCGCGUGUACGGAGGUGGAGCUGGCCACCCGGCAUGCGUGUAUGGAGGAGGAGCUGGCCACGGUUGCCGAUUUGGCUGUGCGGGUGAGUGAUCUCACGUCCUUCGCAGAGUGGGACGCGUAUGUCCCGGAGCAGGCCGUUCAUGGCACGCCGCUCCUGGAGGACGACUACGCGCUGGCUUUCGAUGAAGCAGAGGGCAAUGCCGACGAGACGGGUGGUGAAGAGAUCGGCUGUACUACCGAAGCGUACGUCGACGCCGGAGGGGAGGCACACACUGCUGCCUCGAUCGAAGCGGCAUGGGACGGAGCGGAUGGCGCCUCCACGAGUUGAACUUUUUUUCUUUCCCUGCUUUUUAUUAGCACUCAAAUCCACACAUUGGGGGUCUAGUUUAUUGUAUUGAACCUUGUGGCCAUGGCCCUUUUGUCUUAAUGUAAAUAUGCAUGCAUUUGCUUGAAUA